AUGCUCUUUCUGACCCCCUUCACCCCUGCUCCUAGCUGUUAUCUUACAUUUGCCUUUACUAGGUUCCUUCACGAGACCAUCCAGGAUUAUAUUUUCACCCCCGCUUUAUUACCAAACCUGCUUCUGGCGACCAGAGCGGCGCUUUUCCCACUGAACGCUCGUCCGGCGGCGGCGACCACGGCGGUAUCGGCUCCGCAGCUGUCUGUGCAACCUCCCACGCCUCCUAUCGCCAUCACCAAAGACCCUGUUAGCGAGACCGCUGGCGCAAGUGACGCUUGCAGUAGCGUCUCAACGACUGGUCUUUCAUCGACAGCGCCCUUAUCGCCGGACCCGCGACCCUCUACGCCUGAUUUCGCAUCGGUCAAGCGACGCUGCGCGGCCAGCAUCCUGUCUCGGGUGCCUCGCCCAAUCGUUCGGCAAUUCUUCGCCGCCCCGGCCGUUAUCCUGUCAACUCAUGGUAAAGUGGAUGAUGUGCCGUCGAACAAACAAACUUCGCCAUCAUCCUCGUUAUCGCCGUCACCGUCGCCUGCACCAAUCGACGAUGCGGAAGAGGUAUAUCUUCUCGCAUGCAUUGAGGAGAUCCUCGACCUCUUCUCCGACGACUACUGCAACAAACACCUGAUCUACUCUAUCAUGGAAGCCAUUCUCACCAGCCUUCUUCCAGAGCUGUCCGAACGUAGUAUUGCUGAGUUGAUGGAGGACAGGGGGCUGUCGCUAGACGUCCCGAACUAA